AGUCUUUGUCAACAGCAGCAGCUACUUCAAAAUAUAACAAAGGUGAUCCUGAUGUCUGCAUCCUUUGAAGCAAACACACUUCCAACAAAGAUAGGGGCCUGAUGUGUUCCAGGCAGUGUUCUUGGUGGUGGGGAUGUGGUGGUGAAUGAAAGGGCCCCUGCUGUUAGUUGGGGCUGUGAUGGUCAGAGUAGAAUACAGUAUACCAAUAAAUGAACAAUCAAAUUUCAGAUAGUGAUAAGCACUAUGAAGAAAACAAAAGAAGGCUAUAAUAGUGACUUCAUAGAAGACUAUAUAAGGACGGGGUGCAAACCAGAAAAUUGUUAUUACAGGUUGUUGUUGGUCAUGCUCGGUUUGGGAUCUAGUAAUCCAGGCAGAGAAAUAGCAGAUCCAAAGCCCAAAGUCAGUGACAAGCUUGGCCUAUUUGAGGAACAGGAAGGAAAGCUGGUAGGACACGACCAUUGUAGGUAAAUGGGAUGAGGGGGGUAUGGAUAAGGAAUCUCUUAAUUCCUAUUAAGGGUGACUUCAAGGUUUUGGACUUAGAGCAACUGGCUCAGUUACCCUUUUAAUAGAAAAUUGUUAGGAAAGACUAAGGCAGAUUGAGGGAAGCAAGAGAUGUCCAUUAGGCAUGAAGCUUUAAGUAGGCUUCUGGAUCUGGGACUGAGGAGUGGUGUCUUUCCCUGGGUCUUUCCACAUGCCAUCUUCAGGAUAGCUAGAUUUUUGCAUGCUUGCAUGUUGAUCAAAGGCUCCCAAAGCAACCAUUCUAAAAGAAACCUGCAUUUAAAAAAAUGUAUUUUUAUUGUUGAGGGUAUUACAGAUGCCCCCAUUUUCCCUCUCUUUGCCCCGCUCCUCCUGGCUCUCACCCCACCCCUUGCCUUCACUACAGAAGCUGCAUGGACUGUUCUAACCUAGCUUGGGAACUUGUGCAGUCACAGACUUGAUGGGAAGUGUGUCAAAGAGUUUGCAGCAGUGUUUUAAAACCAUCACAUUACGGAAUCCCUUAUGUUAAGUUUGUUAUCUUCAGGAUUAAUAAUCAUUUCCCUUUAAAAAUAAUGGUGAAUAGUACCUUGUCUUUGGGAUUAUUAAUGAUAUAGUACUUUUCUACUCUAUAUAAUUAAUAUUGUUACCUUAAAAUUAUGAAGCAUCUAUUGAUGCUGUACUUGGUGGUUCUAAAAGUCUUCAUAGUACCUCCUUCCUUACACAGGUACCUAACUGAAUCUUGUAACACUUCAUCAAAAACAAUAUGAUAUUGAAAACAGUGGAGCUCUUAAAAAAUUUGAAAUUGGUUGAAGUUCUGUAGCCCUACCUUUAAUGGAUAUAAGUAAAAAGAGGUUUCCAGUUCUGGUUCUCAUUUGUUUGCUAGAAUAAGUCUAAAUCUGUUGUAUAGUAAAAUAGAAAUUUCCAGUGGCUAAUAUUAAAGGAAUUUUUAAAGAGCUUAUGACUUGUGUAUUAUUUUUGUAUUUUGGAAACAGUUUUUUUUUUUCCCCUUAAGUGAUCUGGAAUUUUAUAAUUUAUUCCUUUUUAUUAGACUCUAUUAGAAAGGGAAAACAGGAUGAGUGAUUUUAAUAACUUAAAAUGUGUGAUUCUUGUCCCUGAAUAUGUGUUACUCACCUUAGGAGCAUUUAGGAAAAAAACCUAUGCCCAUUUCCUACUCUCAAAGAUUCUGACUAGUUGAUUUAGGGUGGGGUUCAGGUAUAGGUAUCUUUUAUAACUCCCCAGGUGAUUCUAUUAUGAAGCUACAUUUAAAACCCACAGCCCUACUGCAUCAAAUUGUGCUGUUUGCUGAUGCUGAUCUUGGUCUCUGUAACAGGGAAAAAAUAAAAAAUGGAAGGCCUGCCUGAUGCUGCUGCUUUUGCAACUAAACUUAAAAACACUCUCAUCCAGUACCAUAGCACUGAAGAUGAUAAGUGGCGUGUUGCAAAGAAAACGAGAGAUGUCACAAUUUGGAGAAAACCUUCAGAAGAAUUUAAUGGAUAUCUUUUCAAAGCCCAAGGUGUUAUAGAUGACAGUGUCAAUGGUAUAAUGGACCAUAUAUGCCCAGGUCCCUGUCGCUUGGAUUGGGACAGCUUAAUGACUUCUUUGGACAUUUUGAAGCAAUUUGAAGAGAAUUGCUGUGUGAUGCGUUACACUACUGCUGGUCAGCUUUGGAAUAUCAUUUCUCCAAGAGAGUUUGUAGAUUUCUCCUACACUGUGGACUAUAAAGAAGGGCUUUUAUCCUGUGGGGUAAGUCUUGACUGGAGUGAAAAGAGAGCAGACUUUGUUCGUGGAUAUAACCAUCCCUGCGGUUGGUUUUGUGUCCCACUUAAAGACAAUGCCAACCAGAGUCUUUUGACAGGCUAUAUUCAGACGGACCUGCGUGGGAUGAUUCCUCAGUCUGCAGUGGAUACAGCCAUGGCAAGCACUUUAAUCAACUUCUAUGGUGAUUUACGAAAAGCCUUACAGAAGGCAUAAUACAUUCAAACUUGUAGUACUGUGGUCCUCUGAAUCAACUCCUCCUCUUAGCUCCAUGGCCUGUAAAAAUCAUCACCCUUUCCUCUCUUUAUAGCCUGUAGAAAUUUGAGAUAUUUUGGGGUUAUUCUGUUCCUAAAGUAAAUAGCUGUCUAAGAGAGGGCAUUGUAGUUUCCUGAAAUAAUUAUUUGCACAUUGUUUGGUAUGGUAGUGUGUCUAGGAAUGGAGAGUAUGACAGAAAUCCCUCAGGAAGUAGAUAACAGUUCUUUGAGCCAAACUCUUAAGAAAAUGAAUAGUGCCUCAGUAUGGAUUUCUUGGCUGCUUGGAAGUUAGAGCACAAGCUUCAUGCUCUUAGGUUAAAAUCAUCUAUUUUAGAGCUUUAUGAAAAUUUUGUAAAAGUUUUGAUUUUUUUUUUUUUUGAUGUUAAAUAUUAGUACUUUACUUUUGCUAUGCUCUGUGAGUUUGCCAGUCUCUCUCUAAUCUUAUAGACAUUAACUUCAUUAUGAAUUGACUUGCACUUUAAGUAUUGAAAAGAUCAGAAAUAGGAAAAGGAUCAAUAUGAUAGUAAGUAUAGGUUCAAAUCAAAUGCAAUUCAAUUUUGAUACCUAGAUAGCAUUAUUUUGUGGAUAUCUUUAAAAAUAUAAUUGUAUCUUUAUGUGCAUUUAUUUUGGUAAUCUGAAAACAUUUAUGCAUGAAUAAAACAGUACAAAAACUGCCAACUGUGUGCUGGGGGCACCACAUUGAUUGGCCAGUAGUCCGAGUUGUGUAAAGUGGCUGGUGGUACCUGUAUUUAGCAACAAAAAAUCAUCUCUCCAGAAGGUCAAAUGCAAUGAAUGUUCUAUACAUGUUUCAGUUUUAAAAGUAUCACUCAACUCAUAAAGUAUUACUAAUUACUUCAUAAACAUUCACAAUUGUGAUGUAACUUUUGUCUGGAACUAUAACAAAUGCAUUCAGAGAUUUAUUCAAAUGCUAGAUGAGUCAUUUUGUAACUACAGUGGACUAUAAUAGGUCCCCUGAUUCUGCGGCUGCCUUAUGGGAACAUUCCUACACGAUUUUAACAUUCCAGGUGACUCUUUAACAUUCCAGAUGGCUCUUUAACAUUCCAGAUGAAUUUGGUGUUUAAACUGUUUACCUGGUUUACUUUUAAAAUGAGAACCUGAGGUAACUCAAUGUGUCCAGGCAAAGUUUUGUAUGCAUCUGUUUCUGUUCACGUACACGUUUGGAAAUCUGGUUCAUUGUUCAAUGUGAGUUCUUUCUGUGUUAUUUCUACUAUUUCAUUUUUUUUCCUUUUCUUUUCUUGGUUAAUAUGGGGUAAAGUGAGCUCUGGAAAUGCAUGUCAGAUAGGCCACAAAAAGCACAAGAGCAUAUAGUGGUUCAAGUGCAUGAAGAUUUGAUCUGUGUUUUACUUUGUUGUGUUUUCCCAAGAGAACAUAAGUCAUAGUUCCUCAGACACAUUUUGAUAAAGUGGAAAAAGUUGAGCUGGUUUUCAUCUUUAUUUUUGUAUUUUUGCUGUUAGCAAUGAUGUUCAAGAUAAAUAAAAGGUUGCAGCACUACAGUAUCCAUGGUGAAUAAUCUCACAGUUUUUAGAUUGAAAGUAAUUUGUUUCAAGAUUUGACAGAAAUAAUGCAUAAGUGAUCCUAUUUCCCCAACUUGAAAUUUAUUAAUGUUUUUUCUAAACUGACUGUAACUUUGAGUUGCUGGGUUUUUUCUUCUACUUUUUUUCUUCUUGUAAUAGGAAAAAACUCAGCAGUUUAGUUUUCAGUUUCCCAUGGAAAUUGUUAAAUGUUAAUUUUGACUAUGUAUUUUUUUUUAUUUGGUUUUAUUAGUGUAGAGUAGGGAGUUUAUGUUCCAGAUUCUAAGAUGGUGAAAUACUAACUGAUACUCAAUUACCAGGUACCCAGAUUGGGUAAAGGGUUUGCAACAAUACUGUGCGUAAGGGCUACAAUUGCCUGACCUGGGUGCACCUACAUGCAGAUGAACUGGCCAUGCUCAGUUCCUUUAAUGUUCCCUUUGUCCUAUUCAACUUAUACCUCCAGUUAGUGAUUACACAAUCCACUGUUUACUGUGGGCCCACUGCAGAUAGAAAGAUACUCAUGGGAAAAUUUUCAUUGUAAUAUUGAGUUAUAUGGGUUGAAAAAUUGUAUUUGAAUUACCUGAAGUUUAUAUGCAGUUUCUAAAUGGCAUUUUAGAUCUGCUGGGCUCUAGCUGUGUACUUAAAAACAAACAGCUUUACUGAGGUAUAAUUUACAUGCUAUGCAAUUUACCAGUUGUAGGUAUACAGUCCAGUGAUUGUUUAAUACAUUUAUAGUUGUGUAGCCAUCACCACAGCCCAGUUUUAGAACAUUUUCAUCUCCCCAAAAGACUCCUUUGCCUGUCUGCAGACUCAUACCUAACCAAAGUGUAGCACAGUUGUCGGUAUACAGAAGGUGAUGAAAGAGAGUAGAGUAGGGUUUUUCUGUUUGUUUUUAAGAGUAGAACUGUAUUUUAAUCUAAGCUCAGGAACCUUGUGUUAAUGUAUUAAAAUGUAUCUCAAGUACCAUAAUGAUACAAAAAUUUAAUAUGUGAGUUGGAACUAAUGAGUCUGCUGUUUCUAUAGCAGUGCUGUAGAAUAGAAAAAUAAUAUGAAACCAUAUGUCCUUUUGUUUUCCAGCAGCAACAUUAAAAUAAAAAUAAACAGCUGGAGUUUAAUUUUAAUAAUAGAGCUCAUUUAAUAGACCCAAAAUGUUACCAUUUCAACAUGUAAUCAAUAUUAGAAAUCACUAAGAUAUUUUCUAAUCUUUUAUGCUAAUUCUUUGAAAUCUGGUAUGUGCUUUACUAAUUUGAACUAGCCACAUUUUAAGUGCUCAUUACCCACAUGAGGCCAGUGGCCUGUACUGAAUAGCACAGUUCUGUAGUCUAUGUAUUAAUUUGUCAUUCUGUAAUAUGAAGUAGAGAAUUUCAUGGAAUUACUCUUAAAUACAAAAUCUUUGAUUUUCGGAGCCUUCAGCACUUGCUAAAUGGGGAAUUCUGAACAUUAGAAAUGAAUCACUUAGUAGUUGUCAAUAAAACAAAAAUUGUAGCUUCCGAAAAUUUCCUUUAAAGAUUACUUUUCAUAAGGCAGGUAAUGAAAGAAUAUAAUCUGCAUUGUUGUUAUGUAGUUGAUUGUUUUCUCUAGCUUAUAGCUAGUUUGUAUUAGAAACAUGGAUGCAGGAAGACUACUUGGCAUAGUACUGUUUUCAGUACAUGGUACCUGUUUUUUUAAGGAAAUUAAUUUCAUACAAGAAAAAAUAAUUGAUCAUAAAUGAUACUUUUGCAUGAAAUAUUAGUUCUCUUGAUAACUCUUUAUCAACUCUUAAAGUUUGACACAAUAAACAGCAAAAAUAAUUAUGAGAAUUUAGUGUUCUGCAGUUAUGUAUAAUAGAAACUUCUAGAGUACUAAAGAGAUUGUAAAUGUUAAAAAUCUCAUUUCACUGUUCAUUGAAGUUGAAUAUAUUUGAAAUUAUAGAUUUUUAUGUCUGAUAUCAUCUCCCAGUAAUAAAAAAAAAAAGCUUUUGGGUAUGAGUUAUUCCCUUUGAUAUAAAGUUUUACCUGUUUACUCAAGAACACACUAGCAUCCUUAAAGUAUGUUGUUAAAGUCCAGUGUCUUUUAAUUUAGUGGGUGCUGUAGCUAUCCCAACCCUCUGGAUAACUGAACAGAACCCAGGGAAGGUUAGGGAAUUGACCAGACUUCCAUUAGAACUUGUGCUGUAUAAUUGUCUGACAUAUCUCCCCUGCCUUUCUUAUUCAGCUUCUAAAGGUAGGGGGUGAUGGAGUCUGAGCAUAGAAGAAAAAUUAAAUUAAUCUCAGAGAACAGGAAAUUGGAAUUAUAAUUUCCUCAUUACUUUGUUGUUUCUAAAGAUUUUUACAUGUAUAAUUAAAUAAAAAUUCAUCUCUUGCAGUCCAGAUAGAGCUAUACUAUAUAUUUUAAGACAUUUAUAUUCUUUAUGAGCCAAUCUGUAAAACUAGAACCUUUAUUGUACUAAGAGCAUAUGUUAAUAUAAAUAAAAUGUGUAUAUAUUUUUAAAUUGCUAUGAAAUAUUUCAGAAUAAAAUUUCUAGACUCUUGUAAUUUAUUUACCAUUGAUACUGUCUGUAUAAGUUGCUUUAAUCUUAAGUACUGACAAGUAGUUUCAUAUAUCUGAACUUAAAGUAUGGAAUUUAACUUCCUGAACUCUUCUAAAAGUAUACAUAUAAACUGGAAAAUAAAGAUUAGUAACACAUAUGCUAA